UUGCGCUACGAUCAGCUGAUGAGUUAAAAUUUUUUGCGGCUUACUGCAGUGCAUCUUCUUUCAGACAUUUUCAUGCAUUCCAAGUCCCUAAUAAAUUUAAAUUCGCCUCGAUGUAGAGUGACCAUUUUGCUUGGAAAGUUGAUGUAUACAAUGUGCAGUCAAUUGCUCGGAACUAUAUAUCAUAUGAUUUACAGUGGAUAGUAAAGCCGUUUUCCCGACGUGAAUGCUGUUCCAAACUAUGAGGAAACCUGAAGAUCAUCUGUUGAUCAGUGGAAAACAAAUUUAUCCCACGGGUUCAAAUAACCUGUUGAGGCUUGCUUGCAACUCAUGGAUCGAACCUAUAGAGAUAUGCAAAUUUUCUAAAGUAAAUACAAGUAUGGAGACUACUUCCGAAGGUAAAACGAUACUGUUUUUCUCGAUAUUUUCCUCUAUUUCCUGUUUACUGACAAAGGUGCGUUGCUAUCACUUUUAAAAUGCCACAGAUAUUCAGGGUUUGACAACGCCUCUGUCUGUAAGACUUGUAUAAACAAAGAAUAUCAACUCAGUCAAAUCAGAAGUCAAGGAUUAAUAAGUCCUCAGAUAUAUUUGGGAACUUUUUUAUCUAAGCUGGGUAGUAGUUGGAGGCGAUGCGUAGCACAACGUACCCGCUCGCGAUUUGGUACGGUUGCGUGACUGAGCGCAUUCAUCUAGGGUGUGCAGUAAAACUAAUGAGGUCAGUAUCAAUGUCGAAAACUUACAGGACGUUUUUGCUUGGAGAUUUAUUUACCUCUACAACUCUGUUUUGGUCUUACAUCAACUGAUUUUAUUUGCAAAUGCUCGUAAAAAGAAAAAUAUUGCUCAUCACUGUAAAGGAUCUUACCUAUAUACUGAGAUUUUAUCUAAAAAUUCAUCCUUUUGUACAAAAUGAACGUUGGACAGACGUUAUUCUUAUCUUGCUUUAUUCAAGUAUCAUUUGUUUUCCAUUUGAUAUAUUAUUUAGAGGAGUUAUAUUGAGAGUCUUUUUGCAUUCCCAUAAGGUGAUAUUUCAUGAACCUGGUCGUAAUCGAGACAUCACUACUACUAUAUUUCUAUAAAUUCCACUUCAGCCUGUCAAACACAACGUUGAACCUGGUGCAUAUGUACAAUAGCUUGAGUUACAUUAGCCAAUUGGCACAAGAGGGUGAAACUGUAAGCGCGAAUCCUAGAGUAUCAAAAGUGGUAACAGUCUAAACCUUCUGAUUCAAUCAUAUUGGUUCCAGAAGGGGAUAGGAGUGUAUCGACAGAAUCUUUAACAAAUGAGGUUAGUGAGUGUUAGAAUAGUAUACAUUUUAAUCAUUGGCACAAUUACAAAGAAUCCUGAUCUGCUAUUCCAAUUUGGUUUGUAUUCUGAUAUGUGAUAGGAUUUUUAAACAAUUUCACGCGGUAAAAUUGUUGAUUAUCGCAACUAACGUAGCUUCAUAUUUUUGAUAAUAAUGUUUAAGAUGAUAUCUAUAUUUGUGGUCCGUCAAUUGCACUGUCUAUCUCGAUCUAGAUAGCUGGGCAGUUUUUUGAACUCACAAACAGAAAUGUAAAUAAUUUUGCAAAUAAUAAGCGACAAUUUCUGACCGUGUUGUAAAUCUGGACUUGCCAAAGGUUUUGUGUUUAUCGGGCUCAUCCUUUGAUUUGUUGAGUUACUGACAUGUGUUUUGUCUCUUUGUAGAAUUUGUUUAAAUCGAUGAACUUCUCCAUAGUAAUGCUUUUUUUCUUUUCUCUUUUAUGAAAACCUCUACAAUUUCACAGGAUAACGAUUGGGAUAUAGUUGGUGACGACUUGUUAUUAGAUAUUACCGAGGAGGUAAUCUGUUUGUUAUCUUACUUCCGUUUAAACAAUACUAUGGGUGCAUAAAAUUGUGGUCGGUAGAUGAGUUACAAUAAACUUUUAAAAAAAUGUUUUAGUCCGGUUAAGAAACAUGAUGAUGUGGUGUCCAAUUAUUGUUAAAUUUCUAUUUUAACCAUCUUGCGCUGUUGUGGUAGUUACACAAAUAAACACUCUUCUUAACCUAAUUAAACUAUGGUGCAGAAAUAUUUCUGGUUUUCGUCUCUUUACAUUUGAAAUGGGCUUUUCUGAUUGCCAUUAUCCUUUUUUUGUAGUUAUAUGAGGCAUCAUUGUGUACAGUGAAGUCGCCUUUCCUUGCUAAUGGGGUUUGAUAACUUGAACCGAUGUACACAUGUGCCAGGUUCUGCCUUGGCUAAUUCUGAUGAUUUCAAUUCAUGUCUUUUGUCUUCACCUAUCAUCGUUAGGUACAUUUUAUGUACUAAGCUUUAAGUCGCGCUUUUUGUUUUUGGGCCAGUAAUACCACCCGACCACCCUGGCCUAAGCAGUUGAGGGAGAGUUUUUUUAACUUCGUGACUGAAAGUUAUUUUCAUGCUUCAGUUUUACCGUAAAUAACAUCUGAUUCAUAACAUCUAUUCAUACCAAAAACUGAUGAGGAUAAGUUUUUUGUGGGUUCUAAUCAGUCCAUAAUCCUAAACAAAUUAAUGAAAGUUUAUACUAUUCUUUUUGGUGAACUAAUAAUCUGUUGAUGAACAUACAUUUCACAACUGGUUCUCGAAUUUCUGUCAUAGAAAUGAAAAGCCUAAUAGUAACAAGGAAAUAUGUAGAUUUUCUUUACUCAUCAACAUUGAUAACAGUAAUUAUAACUCUAGAUCCUCAUAACACAAUCCAACCGAGUUUCUAACAAAUUUUCAUCUUUAAACACUUAAGUGACUUUCUAAAUUAGAUUUUAUAGAAGUUCCCAUUAAAUGUGAUCCUCAGUCGUAACAUCUUAAUCACUCUUUAUUUUUGCCUGGAUUUUUAUAGUUCUAACUACUUAUUAUACUGACACAUAUUAAUGUUCACUAGUGAUCGACUUUAAUCAUAAAAUGUUGAAAUGAGUUCGCUUUACGGAUAUUCGAAUCCUAAAGGUUUUAGAUAUCUGAUAAGGAUCCGGUGGGAUAAAACAAAUUCUUGUUAGAUAAUUAUUCUCACUCUUCCUACGUAUAUAGGUUAGCCGUUUAAGCACGUUAAUCAGUAAAAGUAUCUCAACAUAUAAAAUGUUGCAUUCAAAUUUUCAUCAUCGAGUCACAGGUUCAAAUUCCGUUCCAUCAUUUAUUUUUCCAGUUUAAACAUCUGGGUAUAUUAAACCGUCCGUGAUUAAUGAUCUUGAGUUUUCAACAGACAAGAUAUAAUUUAUUUGUUAUGUGUAAAAGUUAAUGGUAUAACCAAAUAGUUCAGAAUAAAGUGAUAUGUUGUUUUCACUCAUAACUUAAUGGUUUGAAGUUAACCAAACAUUACCAAUCCUUGACAUUAGUUUAUUCAUUUCAAUGUGUGAUAUUUUUAUCAGUUACUUAAAUAGAACUACUUGGGUAUCUUGUUUUCUUUUGAUUCUAUGUUAGUAUUAUUUUUUGUUGCUGUUGAAAACAAAAUCUAGGAUGUUUCACGGUUGGUUGAUAUAUUUCCUGGAGCAUGUAAAUUUGAAUAUGGAAAUGGAGAAAACUCUGUGUUCUACGGACGUUGUAAACGUUGUUCCGAUCGUCUGAAACCAAAUAAUGCUUUCCUGGAUCAUUAUGAUGCUUGUUUUUAUUGUAUUAAUUGUCAUCAGUUACAAGAAGCAAUUAUUCCUCGUAAUCUUAUAAUGAAUUGGGAUUUUUCACUGAAACCAGUUUGUCAAAUUACACAUCAAUUUCUUAGUGCGUUACAUAAUAGACCAGUGAUAAAUUUAGCUAAAUUAAACCCUAUUCUUUAUGCUACUAUACCGAAUUUAUAUUUAAUUAGACAACUUCGACGUACUUUAGUUUUGUUAUGGGAUCAAAUAAUUAGAUGUGAUGGUAAAACAGCUGAAAAACUAUGUGAAUGUAUGGAUGGUCGAAUGUAUAUGCUACAAAAUAUCAAUGAUAUUGAUAUAUAUUCAAUUGAGAUCAUUUCAGUACAAUUUACACCUGUCCGUCUGUAAACUGAAGAAUAGAACAUGUAAAUCAUUCGGAUUAACUGUACACUGUUAGUAUUGGAGAUAUGUGGAAAUUUUUGAGUUUUGCAGUUUACAUCAUAGACUGACUUUGAUUAGGCAACUGUUGUAUAUCAGGAAGCUUCGGAAUACCUGUUUCGCCUUAUCAUAAAACUUAUCAGCAAUAUACAUCCAACAUUACACUGAAGAUCUUACACAAAGCUUUCAGGUCCCAUACUAGGAUGAAACAGCUGUACAGUGCUUCCUAGUUUUCAACAGUUGUUUAACUGAGGAUUUAAUACUUGUACAAUCUUCAAAAUUAGAGGAACUACUUAAAAAUACCAUUCAAGAUGUUGCUUUAGCACACGUACGUACAUGUAAAGCGUGUAGACGAAGAGCGUUAAUCUGUGAUUUUUGUGGUGACUUAAAUAAACCCAUAUGGACACAUGAAUUUACUACUUAUAAACGAUGUAUCAAUCCAGGUUGUUCAAAUGUGAUGCAUAUUGAUUGUUUGUUAAUGAUGGUUACAGAUUUAUUAUCUAAGGUAGAUUGUUGUUUUCAACGUCAAUCCACUACAAUCCCUUUAAAAGAUUAUUCUCAAUUAAAAUUUUCUGAUAUACAAUGUAGAACAUGUAAAGAAUAUUGUACAUUAUUUUCUAGAAAUAAUCAAACUAUUGGACAUUAUGCUGAUCCAUUUUGUUUACCUAAAAUAGAUUCGUAAAAAACAAAUAUACAUUUGUGUAUUUAUAUGAACAAUGGACUAUCUUUCUAUAUAAUUAAGUUUAUUAUAUAUACCUCUUGUUUUGUAGAAGGAAAUAAUGUCUAAUUCAUAAUGAACGGAAUACACCCAUUAAGACAUUAAAAAAAAAGAUUAGUUCAUAAUGAACAUCUUGUAAUGUAUUGUGUUUUUUGUUACAUUAUUUUAUACUUCUUUGAAGUAUAUUCUUAAUUAUCACUUUAAUACUUUGUAUACUUAUUCAUAUUUAACACAAUAUGUAAUAUUUAAUUAUAUUUCUUCAGAUGUAAAACAAUCUGUGAUUUGUAAACAUAAACUUUUGAUUA